AUGGCUGAAGGUGUUGUCGCAAUUGUGACCGAAGGGAUCAAGCCGCUCGGAGAGUUCAUCAUUCAGCAAGCGAAAUUCUUGAGGGGUAUCGGCUACCAAAUUGAGCUUGCGCAGAUUGAGCUACAUUUGAUCCGGGGAUUUCUAAAAGACGCAGAUACGAGGCAACAAGAUGAAGAACUAGUACGCAUUUGUGUUAAGCUUAUCAGAGAUGCUGCUUAUGACUUGGAGGAUGUCAUUGAAUCUUUCGCCUUGAAGGUGGCUAUCAGAAGUAGAGGUGGUACUGUGAAGAUGCUUCUUAAAAGGUUUGCCUGCAUCUUCAACGAAGGAGUUCAUCGACACAAGAUUGGGUCCGAAAUUGAGGAUAUUAUGUCUAAACUUUCUCAUCUGAGGUCGAGUUUGCAAAGUUACAACAUAGGGCAGACAAGCGGGAGUGAAAGUGUUGCUUCAGCUUUUAAGAGGCAACGAGAUCGAAGGCUAACUUAUGGUCAUCAAGUUGGAAGUCAUAUUGUUGGGCUGGAGGAAAGCACUGAUAAGCUGGUGACGGAGUUGGUGAGAGAAGGAAAGCGUGUUGUUUCUAUUUGGGGGAUGGGGGGCUCCGGGAAGACCACUCUUGCAAAACAAGUUUUUCUUUUUCUUCAAAAUGAAGUUGAGCGUCAUUUUGAUUGUUUUGCUUGGUUGUGUAUAUCUCAACAAUGGGAAGGGAAGGAUGUGCUGAAAGAGAUUUUAAUUAAACUCACUUCUCCAACAGCAGAGGAAAGGAAAGAAAUUUCCGAAAUGGAAAAGGAUGAAAUAGCAGAGGAGGUCUGUAGUAUCCAAAGAGAAAAGAGAUGUCUGGUGGUCCUUGAUGACAUAUGGACUCUAGAGGCUUGGAAUUCGAUAAAAGCUGGCUUCCCAAUCAAUGAGGAAACAGAGAGCCGGAUACUACUCACCACUCGCAACAAAGAAGUUGCCUCGCUUGCAUCUGGAGCUGAUCAUCUCCACCAACCUCGACCUCUUGAUAAAGAACAAAGGUAG